UAAGUUUUUAUAUACAACCCAGCUUUCUCGAACGUCUCGGAGGAGAGCAGCUGCCCCAAUCCCGGGAGAGACCGAUCAAAAUGGCUUCUUCCGCGAAUCGAAUCCGCACAUCCCUCAACUCUCUCCUCUCCGUCCGACCGUCUUUCCCCUCCUCCCGUCUUCCCUCCGCCGCCCGCCGCCGCCGCCUCUCCACCGUCGCCGCCUCGAAUCCUGACGCGGAACCCCCCUCCUCCUUCGCCUCGCCGGCGGAGGAAGAGAAGAAGAAGAAGGACGACACCAUAUACUUGAAGAAGCCGAGCUCGGCGGCAGCCACCCGGGACGCGGCCUCGGUGACGAUGCCUAUGUCGUCCAUGACGGGAUCCAUCGUAGGGAAACGCUUCUACAAGGAGGUGACCACCCGGCUGGCCGAUGACGGCAAUGGAUGGACGGUGAUGCUCGACUACAGGACCCUCAAGACCCCUUCCAAGAGGCUCCUCAAGCUCCCGAACCCCGCCCUUGCCAAGGCCAUUGCCGCCGAGUGGGAGUACCAGCAAGCAGAUGGAAUCCGGCCUUUCACGAUGCCUCUCAUGAAGCUUGCCUGCACUGCAUUGGAAAGAGUUCCAUUAACACGUGCAAAGAUUAUUGAAAAUUUAAUGAUGAAGUUUCAUCAAGAUUUAGUAUUUUGCCGUUUCCCGGGUGAUAGUGAUUUGACAAGAGGAGUUCUCAAAAGACAAGAAGAGAAAGUUGAUCCUAUACUUGAUUGGGUACAAUCUGAAUUUGGGUUUAAGCCGGUAGUGUACUCCAGCUUUUUUGGGGGCAAGCAGGAUGAUGGUCUAGCUAAGGCUAUUGAAAAUGUUCUGAAGAAAGCAAGGGACUGCGAAUUAGCAGCAAUUGAUGCAAUGGCUGCUGCUGCACAUUCUCUGAUCAUUCCUCUGGGAAUUUUUCACCGGAGGCUGGGGAUUGAGGAGGCCAUUGAAUUGAUCAGGCUUGAAGAAGACUUGCAGGUGGACAGAUGGGGCCUGGUUGAAGGAGGUCAUGAUGUUGAUAUUGCUGAUCUGCAGAUGCAAAUCUCGUCUGCUGCUGUGUUUCUGGGACUUUCACAGUUGUAGUGCUGAUUCUUCGUUUUGUUUCAAGCUUCUUAUGAUGUUGGUAGCUGCUUAUCAUGUGACAGAAAAUGUAAUCCCUGCUACAUGUCCUGAUAUCUGAGAUAAGUCAAUAAAAACAAAAUUUAAAUGCGGUGAGAUUCCCUGUGAAAUUUUGAACUUUGUAAUUUUUGUGAUUGAUAUAAAAAUGUAAGGUAUGUUUGAGCUGCAUCUACAGGACUAGAUCUGUUGUGGUUAUAAAUGUGAGAAAAUAUCUGACAAUGGUCCUUGAUGGCUCAAACUUAUGGAAAAUUUUGUAACUUCAGUGAUUUUGAUGCAAAUAUAAAAAUGAGGAUCCAUGAAGUCAACACCAAA